AUGCAAGUCAGAAAUAUUCAGAACAUAGCACCGAGUCUAACUGACAAGAGUAUAAAGAUAUACUAUGAACACGUUAUGAUGAAACCAACCAAAAUUCAAGAAAGUCAGUAUACUUAUGAAUAUCCAAGACAUUGGGUAGAGUAUGUAGGAGGUGAGAAAGCUAUUGAAAUCAGACAGGUUCGAAGUAUUCCAGCAGGAAGAACAAUAUUAUUGAAGAAUUUUAAUGUUUUGAGAUAUAAUGAUGAAACAAAGAAGCAAGAUAGUUUUCCUGUUGCUGUGUAUGUGAACUUAGAUACAGGAGAUGACAUGAAAGUUUUUAACACAAAGCUUCAAACGGUAGUGAGAGAACAACUUACUGCGGAAGGACAUCCAUUACCUUCAGAAGUUACCAUAGCAUAUAAUUUUGAAACAAAUGCAAUAGAUUUUAAAAUCGUCUCUGCAAAGAAGUCAGGUUUUACAUUUAAUGAAGCAGAUGUAUAUUCAAAUGAAAACUUCAAAGCUAUUGCAUGGUUAGAUAAUGACGAUUGCUUUAAGAAAAUAUUUAAAUUCAGUGACUCAAAGAUGUCAAUAGAUGACCUUCGUGGAAU